ACACUUCUGCAGGAAAAAAAUUAAGUAUCGUCAAUGUUAUUUAAAGGCUUAAAACUAUGAUAUUUGUUCACCCGACAAGAAGCGUUUACGAGAUUCAAAAUCUAAAAUAAAAAUCGAUCUGCACAAAAUGGUUUUCCGGAAAUAAUCACGUGAUCGCUAUAGCGGGUUUUUCAAAAUGGCGAAUGCUGCACAACUAAUUGAUGCAUUGAGUGAUGGCGAUCUUGUAUUGUCUGAGCAGCUGUUGAAGCAGGGAGCAGAUCCAAAUGAAAUCCUGCCAGUCGAGGGGGUAGCACCUAUGCACAUAGCUGCAGGACUCAGUGAUUCUGCAACACAGUUACUGCUAGAUUAUAAAGGCAAUCCUAAUGUCAGGUCUGUUGAGGGUACCACACCAAUGCAUGUUGCAUGUAUGUGGGGGAAGAAAGAAAUUCUCAUCAAUCUACUACAACACGGCGGUGAUCCUUUUAUUAAAGAUGAGGAUGGGGAGACAGCAUUUGGUAGUGCAAGAAAAUUCAGUAAAUGUGAAUGCUUGGACACAAUCAAGUCACACAUGUCAGAAGAACUGGACUCAAGUUCAAGUACCAUGAAAGACCUUUUAAUGAAGAAUACGUACUGCAUGGAUGUGACAUCUCCAGAUCAUCCAUACAUUGACAUCAAAGGAAGGAGAAAUGACACUCUGACAUCAGAGGAGUCAUUUCUUACUUGCACUAGUCACUUGGACACAUGUGCAUGUGGUCAACAGCAGAACUGUCCUUGUUUAAACCAAAACAGAAAUGCACUCAGAAGCAUUAGUCCAAAGACAGACAUUGGACAGGAAGACAAGACCAAGGAAAGAAAAAGUGUCAGAAACAGUGAAAACUAUGUGUAUGAGGUUUUCAAAGAUAAAAAGACUUCACCGAGAUGUUCUCCACGGCCAUUUUACCCGGUUAAUUUGAGUGAUCUGAUGACUUCAGAUGAAAGCUUUUGUCCUGAAAAUAAUGAUGUUCUCAGGCAGUUCAGUGCCAUGAACCUCAAAUCUACACAGAACGUCAGAUCUUCUAUUCAGACCGUCAGAUCUCCUAACCAGAGGAAAGUCUUCUCACCCCCUGUAGCUCUACCGUCCUCUCUACCAGCAAACCUGAGCGACCUUUUGACAUCAGAUGACAGCUUUUGUGCUCCAAGUAAACCCAGUUUUGCUAAAAGUUUAAGUAGUCUUGCCUUGAAAUCCCCAAGUAAGAAGGAACUUGUCAGACAAUGGCAUCAGCAAAAUUUUCCAUCAGCCACUGACUCUUGUUCGUCCACUCUUGAACAGUCAGGAAACUCUGAAGAUACUGAACUGUAUGAUCCAUAUGACGAUCUCAACAAGACACUACCAUACAGCAUAGACACCAUAUCUCUGGCAAGUACCGCAGAGUCCACAAUUCACUACUGGGAAGAUCCAGACACCGGUAACAAACUGGUAGAAAAACAUAUUUUAUCGUCAUUCUGUGGAAGUAGUGGCUGUCCAUCCAGCAACAGUAUUUGUAGCCAGUCAACAGUGGACUCCCAGAAGACAGAACUGUAUGACUGGAAACACUACUCCCACAAAUCAGAUGACAUAAAUAAUGUGUUGUCUAAUAAAGAAAUCCAUCAGAAGUUAAAGGGCUUAGGGGACAACCCUGGACCAGUUGUUCCGUCUACUAGGCAGACAUACCUAGCAAGACUUAAACAACUGGAAACCAAUCUACAAGGGGGCCAGCUUGGGAUUUUGAAGAAGUUACCAGAUUACCCGUCAGUGCUGCUUAAUAGUUUUGAGGGACACUUUGAUAUGGUGGGUCUGCGGGAGAUGGAGGACGACCUGUUUAAGGUGUUUAAUGACAAGAGUCUGUCUGGGACCUGGAGGGAGGGGGCCCUGAAAUCCUCCUUUAACUACCUCUUACUGGAUCCUCGGAUCACUCAGGACCUACCCAACAGGGCAGAUAACCUUGGUGAAUUAGAGACAUUUAAGAUAUUUGUUGGUGCUAUAUUUUACAUCGGCAAAGGCAAGCGGUCCCGACCAUACUGUCAUCUCUUUGAAGCUCAGUCCCACAUGAACAAUAAUCUGGGCAAAGCUGGUAAGAAGGUCCAACAUAUCUUGGACAUCUGGAAUGAUGGGCAAGGAGUUGUUUCCCUGCACUGUUUUCAGAGCGUCAUCCCUGUGGAGGCAUACACAAGAGAGGCCUGUAUGGUGGAUGCCAUAGGUUUACCUCGAUUAACAAAUAUAAAAAGGGGAGAUGUCUACGGUCCAGCCACAUCAUGGUCGAUUAAAAACCGUCAGCGAUUUGGGGUCUUCCUUCUAAGAAAGGCUCUACAAAUAUUUCUUGGUGAGGGAGAGAGACAGAUUUCUCCAGGAGAUAUAAAGAAAUAAACCUGUUUGUGACUUUGGUGAUGUAUUGAAGGUUUAAUUUUUGCAAUUUGGGGUUUUGAUUAACACAAGUCAUGCUUACAAAUUUUGAAUAGUGUUGUAACUCUAAUCUCAAGUUAAUUAUAGAUUUGUAAAUUGCAAAAAAAGUGACAUGUGAUACUUAUAUUGACAUUUUUAUACCAUUUACUAAAGAAAAGUACUUCAUAACUACCCCCUGUACUCAUUUUCUCAAACAUUCCAUAAUUGUCUACCAUUCAAAAGUUACAGCUGAGCUGUUUUCAUGAUUAUAAUUGUAUUUCAAUUGAGCAUAAUCAAAUUCCAGAAUCAUUAGAAGUAUACUCAGUGAAAUACUUUUUUGAUUUAAAAGCAGUAUAUAUUUGUAUUUUUAUUUUAAUUUGACAUGCUUAGCAUGAACCAGAUUUAUAUUUCUUUCUGCAUGGAUUCUCUUUUAA